AAUUUGUUCGUUCGACGAUAAGGUUCUAAUGGUAGGGACCGAUUCCAUAACUAGCAGACGAUCAAGUCUAGCAGACGACCAAGUCUAGCAGACGGCGCAUAGCUAGCGUCGUUCGCGGGCGCUUGUGACUUUGUUUCAAACUCGAGGAUUGUUGAACGCCGAUAGACACAGUUUUACGUGAACGAAAAGUUUAUCCCUGAAGCGACUGCAAAAUCGAUUGAAAAUGGAUCCCGAAGCAUUCCUGGACAUGGCCAAUCAGGUCAUUAAAUUGAAAAUGUUCCCGUACUUUGAUAUCGCACACAGUGUACUCUGUGCUUUACACGUCAGAGAAGAUUUGGGAUCCGGUGCUCAAGCAUUUUCUCGGAAACAUCCUCUUUCAUGUUGGCUUUCAACAAUGUUGGUAGUGUUUGCAAGUGGUAUGCUAUGCAAUGGUCUUUUAGGAGAGCCGAUUAUUGCACCUUUGAAAAAUACACCACAAGUGGUAGUAGCAACUAUUGUUUGGUAUAUGAUAUUUUAUACACCAUUUGAUAUUGGAUAUAAAAUUGCCAAGUUUUUACCAGUAAAGAUAGUAUGUGCUACUAUGAAGGAAAUAUAUAGGUGUAAAAAGGUAUAUGAUGGAGUAUCUCAUGCAGGAAAACUUUACCCAAAUGCAUAUCUUAUCAUGGUGUUAAUUGGAACACUCAAAGGAAAUGGUGCAGGCUUUACAAAACUUUUUGAACGCCUUAUACGAGGAGUAUGGACUCCAACUGCUAUGGAAUUUAUGCAACCUAGCUUCCCUACGAAAGCAUCAAUGGUUGCAUCCAUUAUUUUCGUCCUUGAUAAAAAGACUGAUCUCAUUUCGGCUCCUCAUGCGUUAGUUUACUUUGGUAUCGUUAUUUUCUUCGUGUAUUUCAAGCUAUCGUCCAUUUUGCUUGGAAUUCAUGAUCCGUUCGUACCUUUCGAAAAUCUAUUCUCUGCGUUGUUCCUCGGAGGAAUUUGCGAUUGGUUAGCCAAAUUGUUGGGACGAGGCCAAGCUAAAGAUGAGAAAGCGGAUGCCAAGAGAAAGGACUAAAUGUACGCAUAAAAUUCUCCCAAUACGAACGUUAAUAUAUUAGCAUUGAUAUGCUAAAAAUCAAUGCAUGGAAUCAAUUUAAACUAGUCAGGCCAUACUCGCAUGUUAACGAUGCGAUGCAUGAUCAUGAACAAAUCAUUAAAUAUUGGAAGUACAAUAAUUUAUUAGUAUACAUAUUUUAAUAAUGACAAGUGAUAUAUUGGAGAGUAUGGCUUCCACCGUUAUGAAUACCAACAGUAUUAUCUCUGUUGACAACAACUUGCCAACAUAAUUGCCUCUCCAUAAUUAAUUAGACAAUUUUAUAUGAAUAACAUUACGUAACAAGUAAAUUCGUUAUGUUUUAUAAAAUAUAAGAGAAUUGUACUUAAAAUCGAUAAAAUCUUUACGCGAAGGCUAAAAAAAUUUGUUGUUGAUUUUUUAAUAAUCUAUAUAUACAGGAUUUCACACAAUGUUUUAACGAUUGAAUUAGAAAAAAAUUGUUGGUAAGUCAUUUUAUAGAGUGAAGUGCAAUUUUUAAGUGCAUAUUGAGACAUAUUGUUAGUAAUGUUCAAUUCAAAAUAUCCUAAUUUUGGUAUAUGUAUUUUGUGUGAAUGAAUAAUUAUCAAUCUGUCGUACGAUAUUUAUCACGAAGAAAUAUACUCAGGUUAUCGAAUUUAAGUGUUAAGAUAAUUUUAAUGCAUAUUAGAACAAUAAGAUUUCUGAUAAUAAAACGGAUAACAAAUGAAAUCAUCUAUACAUGACGUAAAUAUAUCAACGAGGAAAAUUAUAACUCUUUUAUACUAUUUUAUUAUAAUUAGAUUGAUACUGACAAUUGAUACUUACCUACCAUACACACAUGUAUCAAGCGUUUACCUUGGACUCAACGAUGUGAAUAUAAUUUGCUAUGGAAAUUAAAUAACAUAAUUUUCAUAUAAUAUUCCAAUUGACAGAACGUUAUACAUUUUCAUGUAAUAAAAUGAAGUUUGUUCUUCUAUA